CUGGUCUUCAGUCAAGUACCCGGACGAAAACAACCGGCUAUUUAAAAAGAAAAUAUAAUAAACUUAAGAAUUGUACCUUUUUUGAUAUUAGUGAAGAAAAAGAUGAACAUGAAGCUGGUGUAUGGAUUCACCUGAAAAUGAAAACAGUCUACAGUGUGACUCUUCGCUUGAUUCUCAACCAACAAAGCCAAAUGUAGUUGAUGCUGAAGUACAGCUGGAUUUGAAUGAUGAUCUUAAGUCUGAUGCUGAAGAACUUGAAAGUGCCUUUCAGAGUAAUUUUGCAAAUAUAAACAUGAAACUACCUCUAACAGUUCAAAGUUGUGUGCCCACUGGCUUACAAGUGUCAUCAGAGCUAGUUGUUAUAACUAAUGCAGGAGCUGGAUUCCUGAAUGAGCAAAAACUGCCAAUUUCUACAUUUCAUCCAGCUGACAAUCCUGAACCUCUUAGUAAACGGCUCUGCAUUGAACAAGAUGGCCAAACUUAUAUCUUGGCAUUGCAAGAUGGUAUGGAUGGUUUGACUGGUGUUGUAGAAAUACCCCCAAAGAAUUUUUCGCCCGUUGAUGCUACUCAGAUUCUUAGUUUUCAAGAACCAAAUAAUUUACAAUGUAAACAAGGUAUAAAUCAAAAUUGGUUUACCAGUAGGGAAGAAAAAACAACUUUGCAUAAUAAAGGACAUAUGUGGAAGCAAGGUAUGUGGGCUAAAGAAGAAAUAGAAUUAUUGGAAAAUAAUAUCCGUCUGUAUUGUGAGGAACACGAAAUUACAAAUCCUGCCACAAUUGUGUUUGAGAUGUCUAAGGAUGAAAGAAAAGAUUUUUACAGAACAAUUGCUAAAGGGUUGAACAGGCCUUUGUUUUCUGUGUACAGGAGAGUAAUCAGAAUGUAUGAUAACAAGAACCAUGUUGGCAAGUACACAACUGAUGAAUUAGAUAAGCUGAAAAAAUUACGCUCAGUUUAUGGUAAUGAUUGGCAAGCAAUCGGAGCAGCAAUGGGAAGAAGUGCUUCAUCAAUUAAAGAUCGUUGUCGUUUGAUGAAAGACAACUGCAAUCAAGGAAAGUGGCUGCCAGCAGAAGAGCGGAGGCUUGCUGAAGCUGUUUACGAAUUGGCCAAUGCCUUGCCUGGCGAGAUGAUUUCGACAGGCUUGUCUUGGGCUGUGGUCGCGGAAAGGGUCGGCACUCGUUCUGAGAAGCAAUGUCGCACCAAGUGGCUCAAUUAUCUGAACUGGAAAGUGGCAGGGGGGACAGACUGGACCAGAGAAGAUGACAUAACUUUGAUUUGCAGGGUUUGUGCAUUAAAUGCAACAGAUGAAAAUCAGAUUGAGUGGUCAAAUCUGUCAAAGGGCUGGUUGAGUGUCCGUUCUCCUCAGUGGCUACGAGGGAAAUGGUGGAGUCUUAAAAGACAUGUGCCAAAUUCAACUGUCAUUUCAUUUCAAGAAAUCUGUGAUUAUUUGUAUCAACAUUUUGUGUUAAAAAUUAAAAUGGAAGAUGAAUCAUCCAGCUCAACUUCAGACAGUUUGACCAGUUCUUUGGAGCUGCAGUCAAUGCUCAACCGUCCCAAACCUACUAUUCUGCAGUCAAUAGCCGUACCAGCUCCUUCACCGCCACCCCCCCAAGCAUUGUAGUGACUACUACUCAAGCCUGUCCAGCCCCUGUUAUGUCAUUCAAUACUGCAGAUUGUAUAGAUGUGGUAAAUUCUUCUGCAGCUCUUACUUCAGUAAGAAUGGCCCCUAUGCUACAAACUCUUGAAAUGCUUCCGCAGAACAUCCAACUCACAA